CAUCCGAAUUCUGAGGCCACCAGAAUUCAACCUUGUGAAUCCCACGCCAUGAAUCGACACUCCCUAGCUACGAGUCAUUACUUAACAUUCAAUUUCAAUUUUCUCACAAGGAAACGCACCGUUUUGUCUUUCUAUAUACACCUCGACUUUCUCACCUCUCCUAUGGCCGAAAAAUCCAUCUGUCCUUAUCGGUGACGGUGAUCUCUAUCUCCCAACCAUGGAACAAACCAUAGUCCUCUAUCCAGCUCCAGGAAUAGGCCACAUAAUCUCCAUGGCUGAGCUUGGCAAGCUCCUUCUCCUUCACCAUUCGCACUCUUUCUCCAUCACCAUCCUCCUUACCACCGGCUUUCUGGAUAAACCCUCCCUCGAUUCUUACAUCCGUCGCAUCUCUCAGUCCUACCCCUCCAUCUCCUUCCGCCGGUUCCCUUUCCUCGCCGUCGAAUCGGCCGCCACUCCUCGCAGCCCUGCCGCAACCGCGUUUGAAUUCAUUCGGCUCAACGAAACCAACGUCGCUUCAGCACUCAAGGUCAUCUCGCAAACUUCCAAUGUUCGAGCUUUCGUCAUCGAUCUGUUCUGUACAUCAGCAAUGAAUAUAGGUUCUUCUCUUGGAAUUCCUGUCUACUACUUCUUCACCUCCGGAGCCGCCAUCCUUUCCGCUUUCUGUUACUUUCCGAAGAUUCACGAGCAAACUACGAAGAGCUUCAAGGAUCUCUCCAUAGAUCUUCACUUUCCUGCUAACCCGCCACUUAAGGCCUUUGAAGUGGUGGAACCACUGCUUGACAGAGACGACCCAGCUUACUGGGACUUCUUAUAUUUCUGUUCCCAUCUUCCUAAAGCAAGUGGUAUUAUUGUCAAUACGUUUCAAGAGCUAGAGCCCAUAGCCGUUAAGGCUAUAGCAGAAGGCGCGUGCUUUCCGGAUCCAAAGCAAGCGCCUCCUGUUUACUACAUCGGUCCUCUAAUUGCAGAGCCUAAAUAUCCCAACGAAGGAGAAGGAGAAGGAGAAGGAGAUCGUGGAAAACGUCAGAACUGUUUGUUGUGGCUUGAGAAGCAGCCGAGCCGAAGCGUGGUUUACUUGUGUUUUGGAAGCCGUGGCUCGAUGUCAAUAGAACAAAUGAAGGAGAUCGCCAAUGGACUUGAAAGGAGUGGGCAGAGAUUCUUGUGGGUCGUGAAGAGGCCACCCAUUGAUGAGAGAAUGAAGCAGACGGAGGACACAACGAGGGAGUUCGAUUUGGAAUCGAUUUUGCCGAGUGGGUUCAUGGAGAGAACACAAGAUAGAGGUGUGGUGGUGAGGUCGUGGGCCCCACAAGUUGAAGUAUUGAGCAGAGAAUCCGUCGGCGGGUUUGUGACUCACUGUGGGUGGAACUCGGUGCUGGAGGCGGUGGUGGCCGGAGUUCCGAUGAUUGCGUGGCCUCUGUACGCCGAGCAGCACAUGAAUAGGAAUUUGCUGGUGGAAGACAUGAAGAUGGCUAUGGGGUUGGAGCACAGAGAUGGAGAUGGGUUUGUAAAAGGUGACAAUUUGGAGAAGAAAGUGAGAGAACUGAUGGAAUCGGAGAAAGGCAGAGAGAUGAGAGAGAGAUGCUUGAAGAUGAGAAAUUUGGCUGUAUCUGCAAGAGGAACCUUUGGUUCGUCAACCAAAUGGUUGAACAACCUAGUUGAAACGUGGAAAAAAAAUGGUCAUUGAUACCUUUUUUU